AAGACCAAAGCUACCUUCAAAUUGUGAUGACUUGAUGGAGCUUAUUAGAGAAUGUUGGAGGUUGAAGCCUUUGCAUCAGCCAAAGUUUGCAAGCAUUUGUGAAAGAUUGAACUCAUGAAAAUGUAAGUUUUUAGUUGGAAUGAAUGUCCCAAAUGCACCAUAUUUUGGAGUAUCAAAGAACAACUACCAUCAAAAUGAUGAAUUGCAACAAACACUUUAUCGAUUGCCAAAGGUUCAUUUACUUGACGAAGAUACAUUUGGUAGAGAACAAUAUUUAUCUCGAAUAAAAAAAGAAUGUGUAAAUAAAAUGAAGGUAUUGUGUCUUGUUGGAAUGGGUGGAAUAGGCAAGACCACAUUAGCAAAGGCUAUAUUGGCUGAUGUAAAAGACAUAUAUGAUGCAUCAUGCUUUGUUGAGUGCAUUGAAAAUGGUGUUGAUUGCUUUACAACUUCUUGCAAUAUUUUAGAACAAUUUAAAGUCAAAUCAAAACCAAAAGAUGUUGAAGAAGCUCAAAAAAUGUUGAAAUCAUUCUUGAUGAAGAACAAAACCAUCUUUGUAUUUGACAACGUGAAGAAUCAAAGUCAAAUUGAAGAUGUUGUGCCUAUGGAUGACAUAUAUACCAACAAUGGUAGCACAUUGGUUGCAACCACUCGAGAUUCAAAAGCAAUAGAGUAUUGUGGUGAAGAAGUUUGUAUAAUAAAUAUUGAAGAACUUGAUGAAGAAACAAGUAUGAAGUUAUUUAUCACUCAUUCUUGUGGCCAAGAAAAUUUGCCAAAUGAAUUAGUUGAAGUUGGGGAAAAGAUUGUAAGAGCUUGCCAUGGCCUACCAUUGAGUCUUAAAGUUAUGGGAGCAUUUUUGAGAGAGAAGAAGAGAUUGAGAUGUUGGGAACGAGCUCUACAAAAGUUGAAAAGGGGAAGAGAGUUGGAUGGAAAUGAAAACAAUAGUAACUACAAGAUUUGGAAGAUACUAAGAGUAAGCUUUGACAAUUUGAAAGAUGAAGAGAAGAAAAUAUUUUUGGACAUAUGUUGUUUUUUUAGUAAUGAUGUAUAUCCACAAGGCAUGUCAAAAGAAAGAGCAUUGCGAAUGUGGGCUAAUAGUCAAAAAAAUAUAUUUGAAGAAGAUAUGGAAGUUAUAUUAGAUACAUUGAUUUACCAAUCAUUGGUAAAAAUAGACAAAGAUAAAAUUAUUAGAAUACAUGAUCAGCUACAAGACAUGGGAAGAAACAUUGUUGAGAAAGAAAUGGAAUAUAAAUACACACGAAUGUGGAAUUUGAAUAUAGAUCUAUUUUAUGGAUUUUCAAACAAGGUAAUUUUAUGUAACUUUUAUUCCAAUUGCAUGCACAAAACUAAUAAUAGCAUUAGAUAA